UUUCAACAGAAGCACAGAAGAGGGACUGAAUGAUUCUUUGGGAUUAUAUUCGCUGCAUCAUUUUAUUUAGAGGAGAAACAUUACAUUGAGAAUGAAGAGAUAACAAGUCAUCUCAAUUUUUCCACGUUUAAACCUGAUUGAAUCAUUUCAUUAGAAUGGGCCAAACUCAAACAGCUGCAUCUAAAACUGGAAAAGCUACUGAUUAUAUUAACAUCUCUGAUCAUCAGUGUAAUGAGAAGAUAAAUGGGAAGAUAAAAAAUAGUGAUGCUUCUGAAAGUAAAGAAAGAAAGAAUUCCCAUGUCAAGGUAUUCACUAAGGAGAUGGUGGGAAUACUCGAACUGUUGCAGUAUGCAGAUAAAUGGGAUAUUAUCCUCAUGGUAAUAGGAAUUGUGUGUGCUGUUGGAAAUGGAGCCGGGAUUCCCCUCAACACUGUUGUAUUUGGACAUGCGGCAGAAGGUUUGGUCGUCAGCGGAAAUAACGUAAAUGCUUCAAGUAACAUUUCUGGUUGUUCAUCAGGCUUUGAAACUCAAAUACCCAGAUUUACCCAGAAUUUUCUUAUAAUUGGUUUUGCCUCAUUCAUCUUCAGUUUUUUUCAAAUGUGGACAUUUACAAUCUCUGCAACAAGACAGACUAUGAGGAUUCGGCAAAUGUGUUUCAGUUCUAUCCUUCAUCAGGAAAUGGCUUGGUUUGAUUCAUAUCACAUUGGGACUCUGAACAGUAGACUAACAGAGGACAUUAAUACCAUAUAUGAAGGACUAUCCAUUAAAUGGGGCAUAUGUGUGCAAUCUAUUUCGUCUGCUAUAUUUGGCAUUUCUAUAGGAUUUGUCCUAGGCUGGAAACUGGCACUAGUGAUCUUAGCAUCUGGUCUAUUAAUCAGUUUUUUUAUAUCACUAUGGAUUAAGCUUUCUUCAGUAUUUACAAUUAAAGAGUUAAAAGCCUAUGGGAUGGCGGAUGCAGUUGCAGAAGAAAUCUUGACAGCAAUAAGAACAGUCGCUUCAUUUAAUGGACAAGAAAAAGAAAUGGAAAAGUACAACACCAAUUUAUUAGAUGCAAAAGCUGCUGGAAUAAAGAAGUCUAUCAUUUCGGACGUGAUAAUUGGAGUAUCAGAGCUUAUGAUAUUUGGAGUCUUUGGCUUGUCACUGUGGUAUGGAACACAUUUGCUGGACACAGAUCCUAAAAAUUACAGGAUUAGUAAUGUUUUAACUGUCUUCUUUUCAGUGCUGACUGGCACAGUCUCAUUUGGAAAUGUGUUUCCAUGCAUAGAAAGUAUCAGCAAUGCAAGAGCAGCAGCCUAUGAGAUAUACAGGAUCAUAAACAAGCCUCGCCACAUUGAUAGUGGAUCUACUGAAGGAUACAAGCCAGACAAGUUGGUGGGAAAUAUUGAAUUUAAAAAUAUUCAUUUUGCUUAUCCUAGCCGCCCAGAUGUACAGGUUCUAAAGGGUCUAAACCUGAAAGUACCGGCUGGUAAGACGAUAGCCCUGGUUGGCAUGAGUGGCUGCGGGAAGAGCACAACCAUACAGUUGCUACAGAGGUUUUAUGAUACCUAUGAUACCACAGAAGGGGAGAUUACGCUGGAUGGACAUGAAAUACGCUCCCUCAAUGUCAAAUGGCUAAGAGAUAAUAUUGGUCUGGUAGGUCAGGAACCUGUCUUGUUCGCAACAACCAUAAAAGAAAACAUUUGCUUCGGUAGAGAUGGAGUAACUGAUACAGAGAUUGAGCAAGCAGCCAGAGAAGCCAAUGCCUACGACUUCAUAUCUAAACUCCCAGAACAAUUCAACACAAUGGUAGGUGAGAGGGGAGCUCAGCUGAGCGGAGGUCAGAAACAGAGAGUAGCAAUUGCACGAGCUCUUGUACGAGAUCCAAAAAUAUUGCUCCUAGAUGAGGCCACAUCAGCACUGGACACCCAGAGUGAAUCUAUAGUGCAAGCUGCCCUGGAUAAGGCUAGAGCUGGUCGGACCACCAUUGUGAUAGCGCAUCGAUUGUCUACUAUCAGGACAGCUGAUACCAUUGCUGUUUUCCACGGUGGGGUUGUAGUGGAACAAGGAACACACAGUGAGCUAAUGGAAAAAGAAGGGGUCUACCAUUCCCUUGUCAUGCUUCAGAACCAAGGCAAAGACAGUGAUACAGAAAAUCAAAGUACAGACAAUUCAUAUAAAUAUGAAAAUUCUGGACUGUAUGACAUGGGUGAAAAACAAGACAAAGAAGACAAAUGGCCGACUUUACAAGAUGUUGAGAACAUGCUGGAGCCCAUUAAAAAUGGACGAUUACGAAAAGGUUCAACUAGAAAGAAAAAUAAAGAGGAGCUUAUUGAAAUGAAACCCAGGAACACAAAUACUGGAAUUCUAGAUGAGGAGUGUCAGAGGCGUACUGCUGCUCCUCUUCGAAGAAUUCUACAGUUAAACAAACCAGAGUGGAUAUUCAUUGUGACUGGAAUGCUAGCUGCUGCAGUAACCGGGUGCAUACCUCCGUUAUUUGCAGCUGAUUUUUCAAACAUUAUUGCUGGUUUCAUGUUUGGAAAGUCGGGGGAAAAUCUAACAAUGAGGCUGAAAUCCUUGUCAUUUAAAGCAUUGCUCCGACAGGACAUGGCCUAUUUUGAUGACAAACAAAAUGCUGUGGGUGCCCUUCUUGCAAGACUUACAAUAGAUACUUCUCAAAUUAAAGGGCUUACUGGAAACCGGCUGGGAGUGCUGACAAUGACUGUGACAACUUUGCUUGCUAUAAUCUGCAUUUCGUUUGCAUAUGGCUGGCAGCUGGCCCUACUCAUCUUGGCAUUUGUUCCCAUUCUCGCCGGAGCCCUGCUGAUUGAAGCGAUGAUUAUGGAGAAUCAGGCAUUCAAAAACCAAAAGGCCCUGGAGGAAGCUGGAAAGAUAUCAACAGAAGUUGUUGAAAAUAUCAGGACAGUAGUGUCAUUGACCAAAGAAGAUGUUUUUUAUGAAAAAUAUAAUGCCAGCUUAACAGGAUCAUACAGGAAUGCAUUAAAGAUCGCACCUUUUUAUGGAUUGGCAUGCGCUAUAGCAGAAAGUUUGCAAUUCCUUAUAUGUGCACCGGUGUUUAGCCUCGGAGGAUGGCUUGUUGCACACUGCUAUAUAUAUAUUGAAAAUGUUUUCCUAACAUUUUUCAUGAUUACAUUUACUGCUCGUAAAGUGGCGCAUCCAGAUUCCUUCACAUUAAAUUUAGGAGCUGCAAAAUUUUCAGCUGAACGCAUUUUUAAACUGGUGGAUAGAAUUCCAGCUAUUGACAUCUACAGUGAAGAAGGACAAACUUUGAAACAAAUGGAGGGAAAUCUGGAGUUUAAAAACAUCCAAUUUGUUUAUCCAACAAGACCCAAUGUUCAGAUUCUUCAGGGACUGAACUUGAAAGUUUCUAAAGGCCAGACUCUCGCACUGGUUGGAAGCAGCGGCUGUGGAAAAAGCACAGUGGUUCAGCUUUUGGAGCGUUUUUAUGACCCUGGAGAAGGACAAGUGCUUGCUGAUGGGAUCGACAUCACGUCUUUACAUCUGAAGUGGCUGAGGUCGCAGAUAGGCAUUGUGUCACAGGAACCAAUCCUUUUUGACUGCAGCAUCAAAGAGAACAUUCAAUAUGGAGACAACAGUAGACUUGUUCCACAGGAAGAAGUUAUAGAGGCAGCGAAAGCAGCCAAUAUCCACACAUUCAUUAUGAACUUGCCACAAGGAUAUAACACUCGUGUUGGAGAUAAGGGAGCUCAGCUUUCAGGUGGACAAAAACAAAGGAUCGCCAUUGCACGCGCUCUUGUACGGAAGCCAAAAGUGUUACUCCUGGAUGAAGCCACUUCUGCUCUAGAUACCGAAAGUGAAAAGAUUGUGCAGCAAGCUCUGGAUAAUGCCAGGCAAGGACGGACAUGCAUAGUGAUUGCUCAUCGAUUAAGCACCAUACAGAACGCUGACAUUAUCGCAGUGAUUAAGAACGGGAAAGUGGUGGAAUACGGCACUCAUAACCAGCUAUUGGCUAACCAAGCUGAUUACUAUGCUCUUGUGAACGCACAUGACUCCGACACUUAGGCCUUAUACACAUGGCAAAGCCUUACAGUAAUAGCUUAAAGGUCUAUAUUACAGAUCUUCUAGGUACUCAAUGUGCCUCUGUGAGGUGGUGUAUUCUCCCGUUAAGCAAACAUUCCAGGGAAGAAUAUAGCUAUAUAAAUCAUUGUGGAAAAAACACUAAGGUGAAGAUUUAUCAUCUCCCUUGCGCUUGCGUCUCAACAUAAAUUUGGUGCAUCCUCCAGCAGUGCAGGGGAUACCAAGAUGGGAGAAAAAGCAAUGGUCUUGAUAAAUCUGCCCCGUGUGUAUUAAA